AUGAGUUGCCAACCUUUUACUUCGGCUGAUACCUUCAUACCUCUGAAUUCGGAGGCUUCUGCAACUCUGCCUCUAAUCAUGCAUCACAGCGCUGCCGAGUGCCUCCCGGUCUCCAACCAUGCUACCAACGUGAUGUCCACAGUCCCGUCUAUUUUGUCUUUGAUCCAAACUCCUAAAUGUUUGUGCACAUAUUUCUCGGUGACAACGUUGGGAAACACAGCAACGGGACUUCAUUAUUCUGUUCCUUCCUGUCAUUAUGGAAACCAGCCAUCGACCUAUGGAGUGAUGGCAGGUAGCUUAACACCUUGUCUUUAUAAGUUUCCUGACCAUACCUUGAGUCAUGGUUUUCCUUCCAUGCACCAGCCUCUCCUGGCAGAGGACCCCACAGUCACUGAUUUCAAGCAGGAACUCAGGCGGAAAAGUAAAUUGGUUGAAGAACCAAUAGACAUGGAUUCUCCAGAAAUCCGAGAACUUGAGAAGUUUGCCAAUGAAUUUAAAGUGAGAAGAAUUAAGUUAGGCUACACCCAAACCAACGUCGGGGAAGCCCUGGCAGCUGUGCAUGGCUCUGAAUUCAGUCAAACAACUAUCUGCCGAUUCGAAAACCUGCAGCUCAGCUUUAAAAAUGCCUGCAAGCUAAAAGCAAUAUUAUCUAAAUGGCUGGAGGAAGCUGAGCAAGUAGGAGCUUUGUACAAUGAAAAAGUGGGAGCAAAUGAAAGAAAAAGGAAGCGAAGAACAACAAUAAGUAUUGCCGCUAAAGAUGCUCUGGAGAGGCACUUCGGAGAACAGAAUAAACCUUCCUCUCAAGAGAUCAUGCGGAUGGCUGAAGAACUGAAUCUUGAGAAAGAAGUAGUAAGAGUUUGGUUUUGCAAUCGAAGGCAGAGGGAAAAACGGGUGAAAACAAGUCUUAAUCAGAGUUUAUUUACUAUUUCUAAGGAACAUCUUGAAUGCAGAUAAAAUUUAUUAUUGUGUGACAGCCAAUUUUUUUCCAUUCCUUU